UUCAUGAAUUUUCAAACUUUCGUAAAUUUCUUAAAUUUCAUUAAAUUCUUCAGUCUCUCAACCUUAAUAUUGGCCGACUGCAAGAAUUGCUUUCUUUCUGAGGUUUUAUGUGGGACAGAUUAAUGAGAUUUGUGACGUCCCCUCCUCAUUGGAAAUUAAUUUUAAUAUCAGUUUUGUCUCGAUUCUCAGAGGACCCGCACGGAAUUGGAGGGCCGAGCUACUGACCCCAAAAAGCCCCUAAGAAUGUCGUGGAGUGAUCCGCGCGUGAGUGGAAGAAAAAGGCCAUUGUCCGGAUUGAGCCGGAAGAGGCUGCCCCCGAAGUGCGAAGAAGAGAGGUGCCGUCGCUCUCCUGCCGGAAGGGAAAAGAUGCUGUUGUCUACGAUGCCCCAUUUCGAUGGAUGUGACCCCACGGGCUCCGUGAGAAAAGGAAAACCCUUUCACUGCCGAGCCAAUGGCAGAAGAAGGGCAGAAGUGAGUACCCAAAGGCGGAAGAAGCUUCUUCGCUGCAACAUUCGUCGUGGGAGACGAAUUCUGCGUGCUGGGCGUCGUGAGACCGACGAUUGUGAAGAUGCCCUCCACAGAGAUGAGCAUCAGGAGAACACCCAGUGGAGGACAUGGAUUCCCUCUCGGGACUGGGGAAAGCAGCAUCAGGAGAACGCCAAGUGGAGGACAUGGAUUUCCUUUCGGGGAUGGGGAAGGUCCUCAAGCCUGAUGCCGAAGGAUGAGCAUCAGGAGAACACCAAGUGGAAGACAUGGAUUCCCUCUCGGGACUGGGGAAAGCAGCAUCCAGAGAACACCAAGUGGCUGACAUGGAUUCCCUCCCGGGAAUGGGGAAAGUCCUCAAGCCAGAUGCCGAUGGAUGUCAAUGGGACGUGGCGUGCGAGGAAACUCGCAGAAGAAACAGGAAUCAACGGAAACCUGUAUCAAAGGACCCGCACGGAAUUGGAGGGCCGAGCUACUGACCCCAAAAAGCCCCUAAGAAUGUCGUGGAGUGAUCCGCGCGUGAGUGGAAGAAAAAGGCCAUUGUCCGGAUUGAGCCGGAAUAGGCUGCCCCCGAAGUGCGAAGAAGAGAGGUGCCGUCGCUCUCCUGCCGGAAGGGAAAAGAUGCUGUUGUCUACGAUGCCCCAUUUCGAUGGAUGUGACCCCACGGGCUCCGUGAGAAAAGGAAAACCCUUUCACUGCCGAGCCAAUGGCAGAAGAAGGGCAGAAGUGAGUACCCAAAGGCGGAAGAAGCUUCUUCGCUGCAACAUUCGUCGUGGGAGACGAAUUCUGCGUGCUGGGCGUCGUGAGACCGACGAUUGUGAAGAUGCCCUCCACAGAGAUGAGCAUCAGGAGAACACCCAGUGGAGGACAUGGAUUCCCUCUCGGGACUGGGGAAAGCAGCAUCAGGAGAACGCCAAGUGGAGGACAUGGAUUUCCUUUCGGGGAUGGGGAAGGUCCUCAAGCCUGAUGCCGAAGGAUGAGCAUCAGGAGAACACCAAGUGGAAGACAUGGAUUCCCUCUCGGGACUGGGGAAAGCAGCAUCCAGAGAACACCAAGUGGCUGACAUGGAUUCCCUCCCGGGAAUGGGGAAAGUCCUCAAGCCAGAUGCCGAUGGAUGUCAAUGGGACGUGGCGUGCGAGGAAACUCGCAGAAGAAACAGGAAUCAACGGAAACCUGUAUCAAGUAACUAUGUUUCAUGUUUAACAAUUCUCGUCGAAUGACGAGUGGCGCCCAACAUAAAAGUCAUUUAAAGUAACUUGUAAAAUUCUAAAUUUCAAUCCUUGCUUUUCUUUUUCUUAAAUAAUUUAAAUUAAAGUUGCCUACUUGUGGAUAAAAGAAAUGGUUUAAUUCUUGCCAAUUUUAAUUAUGAAAGACUGAAAUCCAGAAUAAAAUUCCGUAGUGCAAAAGUAAAAAGAAAA